GCCAGGCCUUGUCAAGACAGACUGGUGAUUUUUAAAUCCAAAGCUCAACAGUGCUUGAACAUGACUGAAAGUGAACAAGAUCUGACUGAAGAUGUAUCAGGUGGAGAUGCAGAGAAACAUUCUGAAGCUCCACAAGGAUUACUGGAGAAUGUUGGAGAACAGUUUGAUCAGAAUGAAGGAAAUAGAUCAUUGAGUUCAAGUUCACGUAAAAUUAUUUUUUUUUCUGAAACUGAAAAUGCUGAAGAGAAAGACAGUACUUCAACUCCUGAAGACACAGGACAAGCAGCUACAAAUGAGGUGACCAUAGGUGAAAGUCCGGUAAACCAAGCCAGUCAGAGUACUGACCUGCAGGAUGAAGUGGUUUCUGAAGGUCGAGAAACAGUCAGUGCAGCAGGUCAGUCAUUAUUUCCAUCAGCCGACAGUGAAACCCAUCCAGCUGAAGAGAAGAAACAUGACAGUGAUAUCGAAGAACAAAUGAAAGUUGAAAAACAAAUGGAUCAGGUGGAUGUAAGACCUUCAGUUGCAAGCUCAACCAGUGCUCAGAGACCAUCUACUCCUGGAAGCCAUUCAAAAAUGGACAGUACCUCAACUUCUCAAGAUAUUGAACAGGAUGGCCAAGGAACUGUUCGUCAUGAAGCAGCAGAGGAAACCCGAACUUUCUCAGCUCCGUCGAGGUUACGCCCUGACCUGGCAUUUUGUGUACCUAAUGUAGUGACAAGUGAUUUAUGCAGCUGUGUAGCGGAUGAUUCCAGAGAAACAGAUGCAUCGUUGGUUGAGACUGCUGUCUGUGACACUGUGUUUGAAGAAAAAUCCUACAUUAAACAAAAUUCUUUGAACUUAGUGUGGUCUUUUGGAAUAAAUCGAGACACUCCAGUGCAUGCUCUACAUAUUGAUAACCGGAGGUUGAUCCUUUAUGCUUCUUCACACACUGCAGUCAUAAAUAACUUUUCAAUUACUCGUCAGCACCUCUUACAGGGUCAUUGUAGUCCACUUUCAUGUAUAGCUGUGAGUGGGAAUAGGAGAUGGGUGGCAACAGCAGACCAAGGUCCAGAGAGUCUAGUUAUUGUUUGGGACACUUUCUCAGGUAUACCUGUGCAAACACUGUUUGAUUGUCACCCGGAGGGUGGAGUUGGUGCCAUGGCUAUGACUCAGGAUGCGAAGUACCUAGCAACAGUUGGCAGGGGAACAGUACAGUGCGUGUCCAUCUGGGACUGGACUUCAGAAACAAAAGGACCACUUUGUUCUGUGGACCUCAGUCCAGCCUUUAGCUUUCAGACAUUUGUACUUUUUAAUCCUGAAGAUAAUACUGAACUGCUCAGCAACAGUAAAACUGAAGUCGUGUUCUAUACUUGGAAAGACAAUCAGUUGGAAUUUGCAUCACCAAUCCUUACGGAUGAAACAUUUAACAAGAUUGUCGGACUCUACAGUCAAUCAGUUUUUCAUCUGACUCCUUCACAAGUACUUACUGCUACUUCCGCAGGGAAUUUGGUUAUCUGGGACACAGUGAGCGCACCACAAAUUCAACUUGAUGCAGUAAAAUCAUACAAAAAAAAAGCUCUAAAACUGAUGAAUCUACAAAGUGAUAGCAUUACAGUGGUCACUGUGUCUGACAGGUAUAUAGUGACUUGUGAUGUCAAAGGUUGCAUCAAGUUCUAUGAUGAGCAGCUUUGCUUACUUAAUUGGUAUAGUAACUUCAACCUGGGAGCCAUCAGUUCCAUUUCCUUCUCCAGCCAACCAGCUACCAAAGCCAAUGAGAAAACCUCUUACCCAUCACAGUCGACCAUCAGUGCUGAGCAAUUUAUUGUCAGAAACUUUGUUGUAGCGACAGUUGAUGCAACAGUGGCUCACGUAACUGGAGAUGGGUGCAAGCUUGAAAUGUUAUUGCAGGAGCAUGGUGCAGCAGUACACGCUAUAGCAUGUAAUCCUGCUCAACCGUUCAUCUGCAUGGGAAGCUAUUGUGGACUCCUAAAGGUGUGGAACUACGAGAAGAAGGAACCUAUCUGCAGCAGGCGUUUUGGAACAGGAAAUUAUAUUCAAUGUGUGACUUAUAACAAAGCAGGUUCACUGCUGGGAGUUGGAUUUACUGAUGGAUGUGUACACAUCCUUGAUGCACUUUCUCUGACUGAUGAGUUGCCAGAACCAUUCCAAUAUGCCAGAGAUGCUAUUACUCAGAUUACAUUCUCACAUGAUUCCAGAUUCUUAGCAACAGUAGACAGUAAAACCACAGUAACGGUGUUCAUGUUAAAGGAUAAAUCUUGGCAAUAUUUAGGAAGGCAAAAUGCACACUUUAAACAGAUUCGAAGUCUCACAUUUGGGACAUAUUUGGAUAGUAAUCAACCAAGGUUAUUGUCUUUUGGAGAGGACAGAGUUCUGGUGGAGUACAACCUGGCUUCUAGUAUUUUGGAUGAUCUGCGGAUAUUAAGUAGCGAAAGAAUAGAACAAAGCGCUAUCCCCACAUGCAUGACCUGGUACCCACCAAUCAGUAAAGAGAGCUUCAUUGUCACCGCCAACAAUCAGUAUAAGUUAAAGCUUUACAAUGCCACUACCAAAAUGUGCAGGAAGACAGUCUUAAGUCCAAUGUAUGGAUCUCCUGUUAGAAAGAUGGAAGUUCUCCCUUUCUCAAAUGGGAAGGAAAAUAAAAUUGGUUAUUUAGCCUACAUCACGGAUGAUAAGGUGGGUUUACAAACUCUGCCACUGGAUGGAAACCCCCACAAGUCCUGCGCAGUCAUAUGCCAUGGAACAAUGGUGUCCAAUAUUGCCUGUUCAAAUGAUGGUUCUUAUAUAUUCACUGCAGGAGGAGAUGAUUGUACUGUGCAUAUGUGGAAAGUUGAUCUUGCAGCCCAUGAAGCAGUAACUGCACUAGGAGGAGAGGAAUUGAUUCCAUUCUAUGGCUUAUUGGAAGGUGGAAGAGAUGGAGAACUAUUUACGGAGAUGGAGAACUAUUUCUACUAUUCACAGCUGCGUUAUCAGCAUGUCAGUACAAUGCAGCCCAGAGAAAUAACAACACAUAUUCCACUGCAGGAAGUACCAUUUAUGAUGAGAGCACUGGGAUUCUACCCUACAGAGAAAGAGAUUGAGGACAUGUUGAAUGAGGUGAAGUUCAGUAAAUAUGUGGACACAGGAACAUAUGUGACAGACAUUGAUUUAGGCGAAUUCAUUAAACUGUAUAUAAACCAUCGACCUGUUUUUGGCAUAACUGCUUCUGAGUUGCAUCGUGCAUUUGAUGUUCUUGGCUACAACAAUGAGAAUGGAGAAAAAGUAAUUAAGUUAGGAGAAUUAUUGCAAUUAUUGCAAAGUGGAGGUGAAUGUAUGGCUGAGGAAGAGGUAGCAGAAUGCCUUUCCACACUACUGGGCUUGAAUCCAGAGGGAGGAAGUUCUGAAUUGAUCUCUUUUGAUGCAAAAAGUGCUUCAGCAUUGCUUGAAGAGCAACUUCCCCAAGAGAUUACAAGUGAACUGUUCUUGAAUGAAAUAUUAGGGUUUCCUCAGAUUUCAACUUGUGGUGAAGAGGCAGCUGUUCCCACAACUGCACCAACAUAAACGCAAGCUAAAAUGUACUUUGCCGAACAAAUAAUUUGUAUUCCCUGAAUUAUUAUAGUUUUCAUAAUCUCAUUGUUAAAUGACCAGUGUUUAC